GCACUACUCCCGGCAGCCAUUACAGUUUGUCGACAGCCUUCGUGGAGAAAAGUUCGUGCUCCGUGUGAAAAAGUGAAAUUACCCUGGGAAAACUAGUGAAAAACUGUUCAAAAACAGCGAAAAAGUGAUCCCCAAGCCGCAAGUUGCGUUACUUCGUAGCGAAAGAAUUCGAAAAACGACACCACACGUGAUAAAGGCGGAGUUUGCUGAUAGCACACAACCACGACGAAAGAUAACAAAAGUACACACACAGCACAAGGUUUGAUUAACUGUCGAGAGGGCAAGAAGACGAGAAAUCAUGGAGCAGUUUACCCCCAAGGAGGUAAAGAUCCUCGAGAGUGCCGAGGACAUCCAGGAGCGCCGUGAGCAGGUGCUCAGCCGGUACAAUGAGUUCAAGGUGGAGACGCGCCACAAGCGCGAGAAGCUGGAGGACUCGCGUCGCUUCCAGUACUUUAAGCGCGACUCGGACGAGCUGGAGAGCUGGAUCCACGAGAAGCUGCAGGCCGCGUCGGAGGAGAGCUACCGCGAUCCGACCAAUCUGCAGGCCAAGAUCCAGAAGCAUCAGGCGUUCGAGGCGGAAGUUUCGGCCCAUAGCAAUGCGAUCGUCGUGUUGGACAACACCGGCCAGGAGAUGAUUAACCAGCAGCACUUUGCUUCGGAGACGAUCCAGCGUCGGCUGGAUGAGUUGCACCGUCUGUGGGAGAUGCUGCUGUCGCGGCUGGCCGAAAAGGGCAUGAAGCUGCAGCAGGCUCUGGUGUUGGUGCAGUUCUUGCGCCACUGCGAGGAGGUCAUGUUCUGGAUCAAGGACAAGGAGGCGUUCGUUACGGCCGACGAGUUUGGCCAGGAUCUCGAGCACGUCGAGGUGUUGCAGCGCAAGUUUGACGAGUUCCAGAAGGACAUGGCCUCGCAGGAGUACCGUGUGACGGAGGUCAACGAGCUCGCUGAUAAGCUGCUGUCCAACGGACAUCCGGAACGCGACACCAUUACGCGCAAGAAGGAGGAGCUGAACGAAGCCUGGCAGCGUCUGAAGCAGCUGGCCAUUCUGCGCCAGGAGAAGCUGUUUGGAGCGCACGAGAUCCAACGUUUCAACCGUGAUGCGGACGAAACCGUUGCGUGGAUUGCCGAGAAGGACGUCGUUCUGUCGUCGGACGAUUACGGCCGUGACUUGGCCAGCGUGCAGGCUCUGCAGCGCAAGCACGAGGGCGUCGAGCGUGAUUUGGCCGCGCUGGAAGACAAGGUCGCCACGCUGGGAGCGGAAGCCGGUCGUUUGUGCAGCAUCCACGCUGAUCACAGCGAUCAGAUCCGUGAGAAGCAGGCGGAAAUCGCUGCCUACUGGCAAUCCCUGACGGCCAAGGCCAAGGAGCGCAAGCAGAAGUUGGACGAAUCGUACUUCCUGCACCGCUUCCUGGCUGAUUUCCGCGAUCUGGUGUCCUGGAUCAACGGCAUGAAGGCCAUCAUUUCGGCGGACGAGCUCGCAAAGGACGUUGCCGGAGCCGAGGCCCUGCUGGAACGCCACCAGGAGCACAAGGGCGAAAUUGACGCCCGUGGAGACAGCUUCAAGGUGACCACCGAAGCCGGCCGUCAACUGCUGGAGCGUGAACAUUACGCCGCUGCUGAAGUUCAGGAAAAGCUGGCCGCCCUCGAGAGUGACAAGAGUUCGCUGCUGUCGCUGUGGGAGGAUCGUCGCAUCUUGUACGAGCAGUGCAUGGAUCUGCAGCUGUUCUACCGCGAUACCGAGCAGGCCGACACCUGGAUGGCUAAGCAGGAGGCGUUCCUCGCCAACGAAGAUCUGGGCGAUUCGCUGGACUCGGUUGAGGCUCUCAUCAAGAAGCACGAGGACUUUGAGAAGAGUCUGGCCGCGCAGGAGGAGAAGAUCAAGGCGUUGGACGUGUUCGCCACUAAGCUCAUCGAUGGCCAGCACUACGCCGCCGAUGAUGUGGCCCAGCGUCGUUCGAUGCUGUUGGCUCGCCGUUCGGCUUUGAUGGAGAAAUCGUCGAUCCGUCGUCAGCUGUUGGAAGACUCGAGUGGUCUGCAGCAGUUUGAACGUGACUGCGACGAGACCAAGGGCUGGAUCAGCGAGAAGCUCAAGUUCGCCACGGACGACAGCUAUCUGGAUCCGACCAACUUGAACGGAAAGGUCCAGAAGCACACCAACUUCGAGCAUGAGCUGACCGCGAACAAGAGUCGCAUCGAGGACAUCACCACCAACGGGCAGAACCUGAUCGAGAAGAACCAUUACGCCGCCGAUCAGAUCAACUCGCGCAUGCAGGAGAUCGUGACGCUGUGGGAAUCGCUGGUCCAAGCUUCGGACAAGAAGGGCUGCAAGCUGCAGGAAGCUUCCCAGCAGCAGCAGUUCAACCGUACCGUCGAAGAUAUUGAGCUGUGGCUGAGCGAAGUUGAGGGACAGCUCAUGUCCGAAGAUUACGGCAAGGAUCUGACGAGCGUGCAGAAUCUGCAGAAGAAGCACGCUCUGCUGGAGGCUGACGUGAUGGCCCAUCAGGAUCGUAUCGAGGGAAUCAAGGUCGCCGCGAACAAGUUCGUCGAGAGUGGCCACUUUGAUGCGGACAACAUCCGUAACAAGGAGAGUGCUCUGUCCAAGCGUUACGGAGCGUUGGCCACACCGAUGGCGGAGCGCAAGCAGCGUAUGCUGGAUUCACUGCAGGUUCAGCAACUGUUCCGGGAUCUGGAGGAUGAGGCAGCUUGGAUUCGCGAGAAGGAACCGGUGGCGGCUUCGACCAACCGUGGUCGUGACCUGAUUGGUGUGCAGAACUUGAUCAAGAAGCAUCAGGCCGUCUUGGCUGAGAUCAACAACCACGAGAACCGUGCGAUGGGAGUGAUUUCCAACGGAGAGCAGAUGCUUGCGGAACAGUCCUUCGCCACGGAGGACAUCAAGCAGCGGUUGGACACGCUCAAGGACCAGUGGAACUCGCUGAAGGAGAAGUCGACCCAGCGUAAGCAGGAUCUGGAGGACUCUCUGCAGGCGCACCAAUACUUUGCCGAUGCCAACGAGGCGGAAUCGUGGAUGCGCGAGAAGGAACCGCUCGUGUCCAACCAGGACUACGGCAAGGACGAAGACUCGUCGGAGGCUCUGCUGAAGAAGCACGAAGCUCUGGUGUCCGAUUUGGAAGCGUUCGGAAAUACCAUUCAAGCGCUGCAAGAGCAAGCCAAGAACUGCCGUCAGCAGGAGACUCCGGUCGUGGACAUUACCGGCAAGGAGUGCGUCAUGGCGCUGUAUGAUUACACGGAAAAGUCACCGCGUGAGGUUUCCAUGAAGAAGGGUGACGUGCUGACUUUGUUGAACUCCAACAACAAGGACUGGUGGAAGGUUGAGGUGAACGAUCGCCAAGGAUUCGUCCCGGCGGCUUACAUCAAGAAGAUCGACCCCGGUCUAAGUGCCAGCCAGCAAAAUCUCGUCGAUGGACACUCGAUUGCGAAGCGUCAGUCGCAGAUCAACAGCCAGUACGACAACCUGCUGGCGCUGGCUCGCGAACGCCAGAACAAGCUGAACGAAACCGUCAAGGCGUACGUUCUGGUGCGUGAGGCCGCCGAUCUGUCCGCUUGGAUCAAGGACAAGGAGAGCCACGCCCAGAUCAAGGAUGUCGGUGAAGACUUGGAGGAGGUCGAAGUGAUGCAGAAGAAGUUUGACGACUUUAACGACGAUCUGAAGGCCAACGAGGUUCGUCUGGCCAAGUUGAACGAGAUCGCCGUGCAGCUGACUUCGCUCGGUCAAACCGAAGCUGCGCUGAAGAUCAAGACCCAAAUUCAAACCCUGAACGAGGAGUGGGCCACGCUGCAGAACAUUACCCAGGAGCGUGCCAGCCAGCUCGGAUCGGCGCACGAGGUCCAGCGGUUCCACCGUGACGUUGACGAAACCAAGGACUGGAUCGCCGAGAAGGACAACGCUCUGACGAACGACGACCUCGGCAAGGACCUGCGUGGCGUGCAGACGCUUCAACGCAAGCACGAAGGGCUGGAGCGUGACUUGGCCGCCCUGCGCGACAAGAUCCGUCAGCUGGACGAAACCGCCAACCGGCUGAUGCAGUCCCACCCGGACACGGCCGAACAGACGUACGCCAAGCAGAAGGAGAUCAACGAGGAGUGGCAGCAGGUCGUCGGAAAGGCGCAGCAGCGCAAGGAGAAGCUGCUCGACUCGUACGAUCUGCAGCGUUUCCUGAGCGAUUACCGCGACCUGAUGGCGUGGAUCAGCUCGAUGAUGGGCCUGGUCACGUCGGAGGAGCUCGCAAACGACGUCACCGGUGCGGAAGCGCUGAUCGAGAGACAUCAGAAUCAUCGUGCUGAAAUUGAUUUUCGUUACGGUAUCCCGCAGGAACACCGCACCGAGGUGGAUGCCCGCGCCGGAACGUUUGCCGCGUUCGAGCAGUUCGGCGCCGAGCUGCUGCAGGCGAACCACUACGCGUCGCCUGAAAUCCAGGAGAAGAUCGAGAAUCUGUCCAAGUCGCGGGAGGAGCUCGAGCAGGCAUGGACGGCCCGUCGGCUGCAGCUGGACCAGAACCUGGACCUGCAGCUGUACCUGCGCGAUUGCGAGCAGGCCGAAAACUGGAUGAGCGCCCGGGAGGCGUUCCUGAAUGCGGAGGAGGUUGACUCGAAGGGCGAUAACGUGGAGGCGUUGAUCAAGAAGCACGAGGACUUUGACAAGGCGAUCAACGGGCAUGAGGAGAAGAUCGGAGCGCUGCAGGUGUUGGCGGAUCAGUUGAUCGCGCAGGAGCACUACGCCGGAAAGCUGAUCGAUGACAAGCGUUCGGAGGUGUUGGACCGCUGGCGUCACCUGAAGGAAGAUCUGAUCGAGAAGCGAUCGCGGCUGGGCGAUGAGCAGACGCUGCAACAGUUCUCGCGCGAUGCCGAUGAGAUUGAGAACUGGAUCGCGGAGAAGUUGCAGCUGGCGACGGAGGAGAGCUACAAGGAUCCGGCCAACAUUCAGUCCAAGCACCAGAAGCACCAGGCGUUCGAGGCGGAACUCGCUGCGAAUGCCGAUAGGAUCCAGAGCGUGCUGGCUAUGGGAAGUAACUUGAUUGACAAGAACCAGUGCAGUGGAUCUGAGGACGCCGUGCAGAAGCGACUGACUCAGAUUGCCGACCAGUGGGAAUAUCUGACUCAGAAGACGACGGAGAAGUCGCUGAAGCUGAAGGAGGCCAACAAGCAGCGUACGUACAUUGCUGCGGUUAAGGAUCUGGACUUUUGGCUGGGUGAAGUCGAGAGUCUGCUGACGUCGGAAGAUGCCGGCAAGGAUCUGGCUUCGGUGCAGAAUCUGAUGAAGAAGCACCAGCUGGUUGAGGCCGACAUUCACGCGCACGAAGAUCGCAUCAAGGACAUGAACGCGCAAGCGGAUUCGCUGGUCGAGAGUGGCCAGUUUGAUAGCGCCGGAAUCCAGGAGAAGCGUCAGUCGAUUAACGAGCGUUACGAACGCAUCUGCAACUUGGCCGCCCAUCGCCAGGCUCGCCUGAACGAAGCCAACACGCUGCACCAGUUCUUCCGCGAUAUUGCCGAUGAAGAGUCUUGGAUCAAGGAGAAAAAACUGCUCGUCGGUUCGGAUGACUAUGGUCGCGAUUUGACGGGCGUGCAGAACUUGAAGAAGAAGCACAAGCGUCUGGAGGCUGAACUGGCCUCGCACGAACCGGCCAUCCAGGCUGUCCAGGAAGCUGGCGAGAAGCUGAUGGACGUGUCGAACCUCGGCGUUCCGGAGAUUGAGCAGCGCCUGAAGGCCCUCAACCAAGCCUGGGCUGAACUGAAGGGUCUUGCAGCCACUCGUGGCCAAAAGUUGGACGAAUCCCUGAUCUACCAGCAGUUCCUGGCCAAGGUCGAAGAAGAGGAAGCCUGGAUCACCGAGAAGCAGCAGCUGCUGUCGGUUGAGGACUACGGCGAUUCGAUGGCCGCCGUCCAGGGUCUGCUGAAGAAGCACGACGCCUUCGAGACGGACUUUGCCGCCCACCGGGACCGCUGCUCGGACAUCCGCGACAACGGCCAAACGCUGGUCACGAACAACAACCACCACGGCGAGAGCAUCUCGCAGCGGUGCGCCCAGCUGGACAAGAAGCUGGAGAACCUGCAGGCGCUGGCCACCCGCCGCAAGAACGCCCUGCUCGACAACUUUGCCUACCUGCAGUUUAUGUGGAAGGCCGACGUCGUCGAGAGCUGGAUCGCCGACAAGGAGAACCACGUCAAGUCGGAGGAGUUCGGCCGUGAUCUGUCCACGGUUCAGACGCUGCUCACCAAGCAGGAGACAUUCGAUGCCGGUCUCUCCGCGUUUGAGCAGGAAGGAAUCCACAACAUCACGGCCCUGAAGGAUCAGCUGAUUAGCGCAAGCCACGCCCAGUCGGCGGCCAUCCUGAAGCGCCACGAGGACGUGCUGACCCGCUGGCAGAAGCUGCGUACCGAUUCGGAGGCCCGCAAGUACCGUCUGCUCGGCAUGCAGGAGCAGUUCCGCCAGAUCGAGGACCUCUACCUGACCUUUGCCAAGAAGGCGUCCGCCUUUAACUCGUGGUUCGAGAACGCCGAGGAGGAUCUGACCGACCCGGUGCGCUGCAACUCGAUCGAGGAAAUUACCGCCCUGCGUGCGGCUCACGCCCAGUUCCAGGCGUCGCUGUCGAGCGCCCAGUACGACUUCCAGGCGCUGGCCGAUCUGGACCGCAAGAUUAAGAGCUUCAACGUGGGACCCAAUCCGUACACGUGGUUCACGAUGGAGGCGCUGGAGGACACCUGGCGCAACCUGCAGAAGAUCAUCGAGGAGCGCGACGCCGAGCUGGCCAAGGAGGUGCACCGCCAGGAGGAGAACGACAAGCUGCGCAAGGAGUUUGCCAAGCACGCGAACCUGUUCCACCAGUGGUUGACCGAGACGAGAUACGCCAUUCUGGGAUGGGACAUCAACGGAACUUCCCUCAUGGACGGUUCCGGCACGCUGGAGGAGCAGUUCGAGGCCCUCUGCCACAAGGCCAACGAAAUCCGCGCCCGCCGGGGUGACCUCAAGAAGAUUGAAGAGCUCGGCGCAACGCUCGAGGAGCACCUCAUCCUGGACAAUCGCUACACGGAACACUCCACGGUCGGGCUGGCCCAACAGUGGGACCAGCUGGACCAACUGGCGAUGCGCAUGCAGCACAACCUCAAGCAGCAAAUCCAGGCCCGCAACCAGUCUGGCGUUUCGGAAGACUCGCUCAAGGAGUUCUCGAUGAUGUUCAAGCACUUUGACAAGGACAAGAGCGGCAAACUCAACCACCAGGAGUUCAAGUCCUGCCUGCGCGCCCUCGGCUACGAUCUGCCCAUGGUGGAGGAGGGCCAGCCCGACCCCGAGUUCGAGGAGAUCCUGAACGUGGUCGACCCGAACCGCGACGGCCAGGUGUCCCUGCAGGAGUACAUCGCCUUCAUGAUUUCCAAGGAAACGGAGAACGUCCAGAGCUACGAGGAAAUCGAGAACGCGUUCCGCGCCAUCACCGCCUCCGACCGCCCCUACGUCACCAAGGAUGAACUCUACUCUAACCUCACCAAGGACAUGGCGGACUACUGCGUCCAGCGGAUGAAACCGUUCAACGACCCCAAGACGGGACACCCCGUCACGGGCGCCCUGGACUACGUGGAGUUUACGCGAACCCUGUUCCAGAACUAAACAACUAUGUGUUUUAUUUCUUGACAUUUGCAUUAAUAAUAAAACCUACAUUUAACUGCUAAACUCCAACAAUCGAAACCGCGAUUUCUACGAAUGCCGUUAUUUAUCUUCCUAAUUAUAGCUAUGCAAGUAUUUAUCGUCGCUGCGCAUCAAUUUAAAAUGCUUUUUUGACCGCAUCUUGAAAAAAAAAACAAGAAAAUGUUCUGAUCAAUUUCUGCACGGCAAGGAAAUUGGCCUUGAAUAUUAGAGAAGCAAAAGUUAUCGCACUUUUUGAUAGAUUUAUUUUGAAGCAAAAUAUCGAACGACUUGACGUUUCAACACCGAAGUAUUUACCUAUUUAGAAUAAAAUGUUUAAACAAAAUGAUAUAAAAAUAUCCGUUCUUGGAACGAUUUGAAAUUCUAUUUAGAAAGUAAUCAAACAAAAUCAAAGCUUUUAGAUUGAUGAGCAUGAGCAAACUAAGUGUAAUCGCAUCACCGCCAGUAGUUGCAGCUGAACAUGAAAGAACACACAAAUAUUUAAACAUCCUUAUAAUGCAUUUCCCCUAUUUAUUCGGAAAAUAAAGUAACAAUGCUUAAUCAACAGUA